UCGUUCGCUCCCAUCCAGUUGUUAUUCAGCUUUCGUUCGGUCGGGACGUUUUCGGAAACGGGUUUUCCGUGAGUGAGCGAUUUUUUUCUUCUGUUACCCGUUUUGCUGUACGGUUCUUCUUGUUCUUGCUGCUGGUGUGGUCGUCAUCGGUUACUACCAGCCGAAAAGAGAAAAGCGAACAUCGGGAAGAGAACCAUUCAUCAGUUUAGUGGAAAAGCAAAGGGAACGAACAAGGAUCGAGAGGGUAUUUUGUGCAAUCUCCUCCGGUUCCAGCAAGCAGUCCCUGUGUAUUAUGUGCAAAGGUUUUUAUAUUAUUAUUUUUUUUUGCGCUGUGCCUGAUAUAACAAAAGGAUUAAUGAAUUUCGCUCCGAGAACAGAGUCGUGAAUUCCGAUAACCAUUAAUCUCGUGUGCGGAGAAACCAAGGUGGAACAACGUCGACGGGCCCAUGGUAACCGUUGAAAGUGGGCGAAUUCUUGUGGGAUACGUUCAUGUGUGUUUGAGAGUGAUUGUAGUUUUCGGCCGUGAAAAUAAAACGCCAAGUUUACUUUCCCGCAAAAAAAAAAGUGUUUACCGUAAAAAUGUGUGAGAAAUCCUAAAGUGAAGCAGAGCUGUGGAGAGUUUUGAAAUUCUAUCGGAUAAGCAACAAAUCGGAUUUCGGUUGCGCUGAACGGGCACCAAUACAAGGAGGAUAAAUGAAAGGUUCACAAUGAGGAAAAAACUUGCAACCGCCUCCUCUGAUGAUGUAUUUUUGGAACGCGCAGUAACUCAGUCACCGCCGCCGGGGGGUCGACGCAAUUGUUGAUUGAAAUGAAGCUGGUGCAGGAAGAAGGAAGAAGAUUUUAGGAAAUUGAGAAGGCAGUGAGACCCGCGGAAUAAUCAAGUGAGUGUCCAAAUCUCGGCUCGUGAGUCGUAAAAAUUGCCGAGUUACCGAGAGUGGUGAUAUAAAUCAAAUCGACCCAAGUAAAAAGGAUAACAAGGAAAAUCGCAAAGCGAGGUGAAUCGGUAAGAAGGGAAAAAAACACACCAAAAGAGGAUAUAAAAUUGAUAUUUAUUACCAGCGUCCAUCGCAGUUGUGAACGGCGAGGGAAUCGAGUCCAGAAUAAGAGGAAGAAAUCUGCACUGCUGAAGUGGUGGGUACUUGAGAAGGAAGAGAGUGAGAAAUAUAAAGUACACGCAUAUAUACAUAUCCGCACAUAUACAGUCGAGUCCUGUUGGAUGCGGGCAGAGGUAGGAAGUGAGUGGUGAGGAAGCGAGCAAAAGUGGGAAAAGAGUAAAUCUGUCCAGUGUUUAGUGAAGUGACGAAGUGUUUCGAUAAAAUAUAUGUAUUUUGCCCGACGACUAGUGGCAAGACAAGUGGUUUCUGGUUGGGGGAAAAGAAGUGUCCCAGUAUGAUUGGAUACAGUUGCGCUGCAGACAUCGAUCGCAAUUUAGAAACCAGUAGCAGCAGCAGCACCAGCAGUAAUAGUGACGUGUGCCGUGCCAAGGCAUGUUGGGGCCCACCGCCAAUGGUCGUUUAAUGGGACCCGGCAUCGGUUCGUCCGGAUCGGCAGUGUCACACCAUCGGAACCUAUGGCCGAAUACCGCCAGCAGCAGCCGUUCGUUCGAGUUUCAGUCCAGCAAUGGCGAAGUGACAGAAUCGCUGUUUGCAGCAGGCGGGUAUAAUACACCCCCGGCUAGCUCGCCCUUUUUGUCCUGUUCCCCGCUGGAACUGGUCGCGAAGAACUUUCACAGUACCGGCGCAGCCGUCACCUUCAGUCAAGCCAAUAGCAGCAUAUUCGUACAGUCGCAAACGGACUUUAUCAAUGGAACCACGGCGGUUGCCAAAAAGACGGAGACCUGCAUUGGCAGGUGGGAGCACGGCACUCUAGAGCCGCUGCAGAUACAAGUACCUCCCGUACCAUCCGUAACUAAUUUAACCAUAAAGACCGAAAAUAUUAGUUCCGGCAGUCAGAUUACUUACAAUAGCAAUAAUCUUAAUAAUAAUAACAAUACUAGCAAUAAAUCAGACGGAUUAGAUCAGCGCCGUCAUUAUUAUCAACAACAACAACACUACGUUCAGCGUCAACAACAACAGCAACAGCAACUACCAGUACAAAAUAACCAACAUCAAAGACAACAAUCACUUAUAACUAGUAAUUCUGCUCGUACCACGCUUUUGCGACUGUCGGAACAUCGAACGGCCUCAGACAACGACGGAUCGAGCACGCUUGACCUGGUGGUAACGCCGACGACAAGUACGAAGACGGUCACCACAGCAACGGUAGCACCGUCCUGUCUGUCAUCGCCAUCGUUCGCACUGUGCACCAUCAAUCAACAACAACAACAGCAGCAGCAGCCGCAACCACAACAACGCACCGUGCAGCGUUCAUCCGAUUGCAGUGUCAUUGUAACGGCGCGUAACAACCGACAGCAUCAACACUACCAACAACCACCGCCGCUACCGCAGAGUACCGGCGGAACCUGGAGUUCAUCGACGAUCGAGCCGACCAGAAACUCCCUCGACACGGCAUGCUCGGUUAUUCACAUUAAACGUGAACCGUGCCAAGUGUCCGAAGUAACCACAUCGAACAACUACGAGGCUAGCACGACGACGGCGCUGACGGCCGUUGUCAAAAUCGAAGCCCCCUCACCGAAGGUCGCUCCGUGCUUGUCCAAUUCCGGAAACGCCAUGGACCACAUCGGAAUUACCAGCACCCAGAACAAUGCCGCGGCUACGAUUCCGGUCGGCAUAGCCGUCGCUCGCCAGCGGUUACAGGAAUCGACGAACGCCUGCGGACCGGGCUCGCAGCUCCAUCAUCAAGCCAAAGAACUAAACCGGUUCGGAAUAGCAGCUACCGGAUCUACCGCUGAUUUAGGUUGCAACACGCCGAGCCUGAGCCAGAACAUGUUUUUCACAGGCAGCAACUCCAUGAUACCCCUCUCGUCGGAGGCGGUCACGAUGGGCGUGACCAACGCUGCGGCAGCCGCCGCCGCUGCCGCCGUCCAGAAUGCCGUUAGGACACCGCCCGCCCUCUGGCAGUAUCCCGCCCCUCUUCCGAUGGAAUCGAUGCUACCGAUGCCGCCAAUGCCUCCCGUUGGAUUCCAGCUGAUCCGGGAUCCCAGCACCGGACAAAUUUUGUUCCUUCCAACGACGACGACGAUAGAUAAAGUCUACAUUUCUUGUAUAGAACCAUUCCCACAGACGGUGGUAUGGCCAUCGUACCCUCAGUCGACGGCUGCCAUGCAGCCGCCGCACCUAUUGCUCCCACAAAUGUCGCAGCAGCAACUGCAGCCUCCACCGCUGGCACCACUGCAGAUGCUCAGCUCCGACUAUCUGGCAACCGCCAGCAGUACAACUCUGCAUCAGCAACAGCACACUCAAACUCAUCACAGUACAAGAUACGUUGCCCUAACUUCCGAUAACAACAAGCGAUCAAACAGCAACAAAUCUACGUCUAGCGGCGUCCCAACGUCAUGCCACCCGAGCAUACCGAUGCCAAUACCUUCGCAUACCUUUAUCAAAAUCGAAGACUGUAGCGGCACGGCCGCUUCCAUGUGCAACAACUCCACCCAACUCUACCAAGAACAGGAGAAAACCAUUCAAACCGCAACGAUCGCGACCUCUCCAGACAUAGCCCCUCAGUUGCUGUUCCAGCAGGGCAAUCUCAUCCAGAUCACUCCCUCCGCCAAGAAUACAGCCAGCUUACUGGAGCCACCUGCAAUCAUGCCGGCCAUAACUACAGCGUCCGCCAACCCAAUUACUCCUCCUCCGUCUACCGUGUCAGCUUCGUUAGCUCCAAGUCCCCAUCAGCCGGAGCUUCCAGCCGCCACCUGCUUAACCCCUCCUCCAGACCAGUCCAUUUGUCACAGUGAAGACGUCGAGGCGCCUCCUGCUCCCGAAGUUCAAGACGCAAACAUCCAAACCGAUACUCCCAUCAUGAGCGAAGACGACAACACCGUUGGCACCGACGAUGGUCCUCACCAGCAGUAUGCCUCUAAUCUUACCCUGCCGACGAAUUCAUCGGAAGAACCUCACUUUCCCCAUAUGUUCUCGUCACAACCAUCCAUCGUACCAACUCAGUUGCACCAGUCGUCCGAAAUGUUGUGCCAUAGUAUCAUCAACAAUAGCGGCGAUUCCGCCAUUGAACCGGACAUGUCCACCCAUUCGUCGUCCGGAACUAGCCUAAAUCUUAGCAAUACCAGUAGUACAAACUGUGAUCAUACGGAUGGAAUGGAAGGCGAAGACAACGCCAUACCUUCCACAGCGUCCGCUGUACCACCCGAAACCACUCAACCACUCACCGUGAGUGCCAACUAUGGCCUACGGAUACCGAAACUUGAGAUGCUCUCCCCUGUCGAGAACCCAGUUCCCCACGAACCGGAAGAAUACCACCCAGCGGAACCCAGCCAGCAAGAACACCCCGUGGAUCUCAGUGGACUCGAACUACUCUCCCGCAGCAUAGAGGUCUUCCAGAAAAAAGCUUCCAUGAUCAAAAAAGAACCAAUCUCUCCCCAACUCCCUCCAGAACCUCCUCAACUUCUUCCACUUCCGCCCCUAAUCCCCUGCGAGCCUACCCUCCAUCGACCGGCCAUUCCGGAAAUCAAUCCACCCCAUCGACCAUCCACCCCACAACCCGCCGUUGCAACGCACUCCUCAGUCACGGAUGCUUUCAUCCGCAACGAUGAACCCAUGGUCGGGCUGAACCUGCUCUGCGCUCUAGCCGAGCAACGCUUCCAAGAGGAAGGCAUGUUCAAAAAGGACUCACCCGCUAUCAACUUCUCCCCAUCUAUGUCGCCGGCAGAGGAUAAGCUCGACCAAUCAGCCGAGUCCUCGUCGCCUCCACAGACCAUGCCACCGCAGGCAACAAGCCCGGAGAUUCCGUCGCGGAAACGUAAGCACAAACAUUCCAAAGAUUCUCGGAAAUCCAGCAAAAAGUCCAAGCACGACAAAGAACAACGAAGGGAACGCAAACGGAAGCAUAGCUCCGAUGCGAACGAAGAUGACGAAUUCGGCGGCGAGCUGAAGCAGAGUUUCACUCGAAUCAAGGCCAAGCUGGAGAAGUGCGGCUGUAUCGAUGCAGAUGAACAGGAUCAUCAGUGCCGCAGCAAAACCACUUGGCCAUCGACAGCCAACGAGCUGUUCAGUGUAAUUGAAUCCGACAUGAAGGAGAGGCUAGUGCACAUUACGAGACAGUGCGAGGAGAAAAAACGAGAACUGGAGCAGAUGAGUACGACUUCGGUAGCAAAGGUCAAACCACUGACGGCUAUGGUUCGGAUACCGGACAUUGGCAAAUCGUAUUUUGGAGGGUUCAGCUCCAGUUGCAGUGGGCUGUUGAAUGGAACUUCUACUAGUGGAACCAUCAGCAAUGUUGCCCAACCGCCAACCUUGUUGGCCCCAAAAUUAAGUACAAUUCCGGCCUUGUCUCCGAAUUUCUCAUCUUCAUCUAACUCGACGACAUUCAUUGAGUUGCCAAAACUCAGUUCGGACACCGAUUCCAGCAAGCAGGAAGACGUGGAUUCCAAUUCCAUCGAGAGGCUAUCCAUCUCCAAGCGCAAAGGAGGUAUACCCAAGAAGCAUGACGACAUCGCUCUGACGGAGACAAUCGUUGCGAAGAAACCCAAAAGUUUAGUCGGAUACAUUCUGGCAUCGAAGAACCGCAUGGGAGACAGCACUGUGAAAGAAUCUGAUCAUCAUAAAUCAUCCCAUCAUCAUCAUCACCAUCACCAUCACAAUCAUCGUCAACAGCCCGGAAGCAAUGUGGCAGCGAGCAGUAAGCAACAACCGGGUGAAGUCAAACAGAAGAAAUCACCGAUCCAUUCGUCCAAGUUUGAAAGCACGGCAAGCGAUGACACGAGCAAUCUGUCCGAUAGCUCAACAAAAGUGCAGAUCAAGAUCAAGUCGCCUGCCUUCAGCUUCGAGGACGAAAAUAGUAAGCCAUCAGAUGCUGCCUUCUCCAUCUUCGGAGGCAAACCGCCGAUCUUCGAUAAAGUGAAGACGUCACCAAUCAGCAGCACUACAAUAAGCACGCUGAAGAUGUCUCCGGUUCAGGCUGUUGUGGCACCUAUGAAGCAUCACCAUUCGAAGCAUAAGAAAUCUCGCAGUAAGGAACGCAAGCGACGCAGUUCCGAGAAAAAGCGAAUCGAUCUGAAGUGUUUGCUGACGAGCGAUUACCUGAACCAGAACAAGACCCGGGUGUUGACCGCCAUGGGAGGUCUGUUCUACGCGGGAUGCUUGAGUGCUGUUCAGCCACCGGAUAUCUACGCCGUCACGCUGGACGGGGAGCGAGGAAACCGGCCGCACAUCAUGUCCCGGGAAGAAGUGCUGCGCGACGCGGUUAGUUGUGAUUUAAUUCUUGAAGUUGCACCGAAGUCAGUGGAGGAGAUCAUUCCGGGAACUCGACUCUGUGCGUACUGGAGUCAGCAGUACCGGUGCCUAUAUCCAGGAGUGGCUGCGGAACCGACGUCUCCCGAUCCGGAAAAGCGGUACAUCAACGUAGAGUUCGACGAUGGCGAUAGCGGAAGGAUCGCUCUCGAGGACAUCCGUUUUCUGCUGAGUGACUAUCCGAUAGUCGAAUACGAUCCAAAUCCUCUUCUAUCGCUAGGCAAGAGAAAACGCCAGCCAAGUGUUUCGGAAGUGGGUACCACGUGUACGACCACGGCCGGAAUGACAACGGCUAGUGUUCCGUUGGCCGCCACCACCAGUAGUACAACGACGAUCACUACGACCAACUGUUUCGCAAUGGUCAGUGAUCGAACAGACAAACGGGUUCACGAUGAAGCGUACCGAGAGGAACGCCGACGGUUGAAGAAGAUCCGCAAGGAUAAACUUCGCCGACUGGCAGCGAACAAUGCGGAGCUGUCGUCGCACAAGCACAAGAAGAAGUCCAAGUGCAACGACGAAUACUGCAAGCACCGGAAGCACAAGAAGCGAAGAAAGCACAAGAAGCAUCACCGGGAACACGAUGUUCCCUCUUCGCCGGAUCCGGCUGCAGCCGGUUCGAUGGAUGAUGACAUAUCGCAAGGGGACAGUGCAUCACAGGCAGCGGGACCGUUAAGCCCGGCGUCGGUGGUGGAUGUUUCCAUUCCGGAGGACAAGCCCGACGAGAAGGAGGUGUUCAAUCCCAGUUUGAAGGAAGAUACGUUGACCGAGAACGAGGAAGCAAGUUCAUCGAUAACCGAAAGCUCCGGAUCGUACUAUCAACCGAAGAAGUCAUCGACGGAGAAGAGGCAAUCGGCGGAGAAUAAUAGCAAGAUUGCGGCGUUCUUGCCGGCAAGGCAACUUUGGGCCUGGUGCGGCAAAGGGUACCGGCGGUCAACCGGACGCGUCAAGAAGCAGUUCUACAAAUCAAUUCAGCGCGGAAAGGAAACGAUUUCGGUCGGUGACAGUGCCGUGUUCCUCUCUACCGGUCGACCGGACCGACCCUACAUCGGUCACAUCGAAUCCAUGUGGGAAACCUCCACCAACAACAUGGUGGUCCGCGUCAAAUGGUUCUACCACCCGGAAGAAACCGAAGGAUGUCCCAAUCUGAAAUAUCCGGGCGCCCUCUUCCAGUCGCCGCACGAGGACGAAAACGACGUCCAAACGAUCUCGCACAAGUGCGAAGUGCUCGCCCUCAAGGAGUACAUCGCCAAGUUCGGUGCGGAUCCGAAGCAGUACAGUGCCAUCUACGAUAACAACGAUACGUACUACCUGGCCGGGUACUACGAUCCGACGGUGAUUACGAUCAAGAUGCAACCGGAAAUCGAAAUCCUGCCGGGCGAGGAGAAGUGGGUUAGGACUGAUUAGGUGGGCAGUUUGGAGGGUGUGCAAUUUUAUAGGUACUCAGAAUGACUUCUCCUAGUGAGAUUUGGCAAUAUAACAAGGCGUCGGCAGUGCCGAUUGUUGGAUGUGAAUUUUCGUUUUCUGUAAAUAAUCGCUUCAAAACUAUUAUUGCUGUUGUUGGAAAUACUUCAAAGACUUGGAAAUCACUAGCAUUAAGGUUCACAGUGAGC